GACGUCACGCCGCGGCGGCGGAAGCGGCGGCGGAGGGCGCAUGGAGGCGGGCGAGCGGCGGCCGGAGGUGGCGGCGACGCUCCGGGCCCUGAACGAGGCGCUGGGGCAGCCGGCCGCGCUCUGGGUGAAGGAGAGCGGCGCCCGCCACUUGCGGCACCGCGACUUCCUGGCGCCGCGGGCCGCGCUGCGGGCCGCCUUCGGCGGGGGGCAGGUGCCUGCUGACGUCAUGGCGCGCGUGACGUCACUGUCGGGCCCGGAAGUGCUGCCGCUGGGCGAGUGCCAGGAGACGGCGGCGGGGCUGGCGGUGCAGGUGCGGCGCCCCGAGGCCUUUCGGCGGCUGCUGGGCGCUGGCGCGGCGCCCGCCCCGCCGGCGCGGCCCGUGGCGGUGGUGCUGCACUGCCCCGGCGUGCGCGGCCCCGCCGCCGCCAUGGCGCCCCGCCGCCUCCGCCCCGUCCUGCUCACCGACCACCUGGCCGAGGUGCUGCGUGCCCGCGGGGCCAGCGUGCACCUGGCGCCCAGCCCGGGUGACGAGGCGAGCCGGGAGGUGCUGCGGUGGCUCCGCGUCGCCUGGCCCUGCGCCUCCCCCAGCCCUGCUGACGCCACCUCGGCCCUGAAGCGGGCCCUGGCGCGGUCGCCCUACGCUGUGGCUGGCGAGCAGGGGCCCGGCGCGGCCGCGCUGCCUGAGGACGUCCUGGGCAAAGUGGACCUGAAGAGCUUCGUGGAGCAGCAGCACCUGGAGGGCUACGACCCCAAUCUGGAUGUCCUUCUUGUGACGGAGGAGAAGCUGCGGUGCCUGGCGGAGCUGCAGCAGGCCGUCCUGCAGUGCGCCGCUGGUGGCCAGGGAAGCUGCUGCCAUGUGGUGCACGUGGUGAGCUGUGAGGAGGAAUUCCAGCAGCAGCAGAUGGAUCUGCUCUGGAGGAUUUUGGAUCCGGGAGCCCACACAGCCCUGCAGAAACACCUUGUCUGUGGACCAGUGAAGGUGGCAAAGCCUUUGUCCCCUGUUGGGGCAGACCAGUACUUCCAGCUCCGAAAGCGCCAGAUGUACGAAGCCUCUGUGAUGAAGUAUGGGGAACUUGCACAAGAUGAGGCCUGGACGGAGGUUAUAGACGUCCUGACGGCGGCUGCUAUCAAGUUUGAGAUGCUGAGCACUGCCCACCGGAGUCAGAUCGUUCUGGACCUGGAGGACAGCAGCAUCUCCACCAAGGGAACGAAGAGCGGCGCCUUUGUGAUGUACAACUGUGCCCGGCUGGCCACGCUCUUCGACACCUACCAGCGGGCCGUGGAGCGAGGCACGUACCCCCCCUUGCCACCACCAUCAGAACUGAACUUCUCCUGCCUGCGGGAAGAGGGCGAAUGGCUUCUGCUCUUCAACUAUCUCCUGCCCUUUCCCGAAGUCUUGCAGCAAGCAGCACAGCUGCCCCCACCCAGCAAGGGGAUCCGGAUCACAGCCAGCACAGAGACGGUGUGCAAGUUUCUGAUCCAGCUCAGCAUGGAUUUCAGCUCCUACUACAACCGUGUCCACAUCCUGGGGGAGCCAUUCCCUCACCUGUUUGACCAGAUGUUUGCUCGCCUCCAGCUGCUGGUAGCGGUGAGGGACAUGUUCCACAGUGCCUUGGCAACCCUGCAUCUCCCGCCUCUCAGCCAGAUCUGAGCCGCAGCCGGACAGCCACGCCACGUGGGACGCGAGGGGACAGGCAGCAGGCUGAGGGGCUGCCGCUGGCCACGGAGCGGAGCUGAGGCACCCUCGAGCCCCGCAGCACUGCUUCUCUGCCCGAUGGGUUUUGAGGGAGGGUUUGGGUACGUGUGCCCGGGGCAAGCCUGCUAGCUGGAGCGAGGAGAGCUGAGCUGGCAGCGUGUCUGCCAGUCGGGCAGUGGGGUACAACGGGGGAGGCGGGGAAGCACCAGGCUGCAGCCUCUGUUCCCUCAAAGCUGUUUAUUGAAGGGCACCUCUGUGCUGGCGCAGAGCUCCUGGGGCCCUGCGGGCCCUGCCUUGCCCUGGGCCAGGCCCUGGUCAGGCCUAAUACACUUACUGCUGGACAA